CUGGUUCUGGCACUGCUCGCCGUACGUCGGUGCCGGCGGGUGCGUGGUCGGGAGCGCGAGUGGAGCUGGCGAGCCGGGUGUGGUCGUGCAGUGCAGUGCGUGCAGUGCCUCGGAUGCGGUGAGCCGCGCCAUGCGCCCCGCGGCCUGGUAGCGGCCGCGGCAUGGCGCGCCGCGCCGCCCGCGCCCGCGCCUGCUGUUCACACACACCAUGACCGACCUGCAGGCCACAUUCGAGUUCUCCGUCGAACUUUACAAGUUCUACAAUGUCGACCUCUUUCAGAGAGGACUAUACCAAGUGCGCGUGGGCCUUCGCGUAUCUCCGAAGGUCCCGGUACACAUUGAAGCGUCAGUGUCAAGCGGCAAUGGCGCCGCCCGCACCGGCCGACCAGCCGCCAACGCGUCGCUCAUCGGUGGCCUGGCUGCGUCUCGAGCCUUCCAGAUCAUGUACCGCAAUGAGGAGGUCACUCUACGGGACAUCGUGCAUUUUAGAGCUCAUCUCUUAGUGGACAGUCGGAGUCUCAAGGAGUCGCUGGAGAGGGCAGAAUGGAGUCUUGGAGUGGAGCUGUGGUGCAGCGAGGGUGCGCAGUCCAGCACCCUGGCUCCCGUGUCCUGUCGGGUGCUGAAGCUGCACUUCCAGCCUGCACAAGGCCUCCACUACCACCUGCCCGUUCUAUUCGACUACUUCCACCUGUCAUCAGUGUCCAUCACCAUCCAUGCGAGCCUUGUUGCUUUACAUCAGCCUUAUAUCAAGAAAAGUAUCAUGCAUUAUGUGCAAAGCUGUACUCCUCGCUCAAGUAAACAGUGGGGCAAAUUGAUGAAGAGUGCUGGAUCCAACUUCAACACUUCUGGGAGCUUCGAGAAUGUACUCUUUGGCUCCACCGGCAAGUGCGCCGGAGGCAACUCUAGCAAGAUCGCGCAUGCUCGGCAAGUCCACGCAGAAGUAUGCGGGAUCCUGCUAGGGUCUCUGGAAGGGCUACAAAGUGCUCUAGCUAUAUGUGGCUCUCCAGGCAUCCUGCUUACUCCUGAGGAGUCAUCGUCCAACUCCGUCGUUGGAGAAGUCGCGCAAAGAAUAAAGGACCUUAGCGACUUUGGGAAGACAUUCCAGAAGUCAGAAUGCGGCGAGGAGGAGGAGUGGGCGAUGAGCGCGGCGCACGACAUCGCGCGGCUGUGCGCCGAGGUGACGCUGCGCUGGCGCGCCUUCCUGCACCACACCUCCGACCGCCCGCACGUGCACCACGCGCUCGCCGCCAGGCAUCAUGCGCUACGCAUCAAGCGUUUCUCCGAAUGCUUCUUCGUGCUGGACAACCCUCGGCACUCGCUGGCGGGGUGCUACGACAGCAACUACCAGUCGUACCAGAGCGUCGGCGAGGUGGCGCGAAGGUCUCGCUACUUGGCGCUGCUGCCGCCGCUGCCGGUACACUGCAUCGCGUUGGAUGGAGACCCGCAUAUCAUGCCUAUUAUAUUUGAAGACAGAUAUCAAGACACAGCAGAAUUUGCGCGACGGCGAUCAUUCCUGAAUUCAAGUGCGAGUAAAUCUGGAAGCGAUCCAUUCCUCUGUUCGGAGCCUCUUGGAGACGACUGUGCUUGUAGUGUUAGUUCUCUCAUGGACUCCAGAAGACCUUCAUCCGAAGCAUCCAGAGUUACUCUCACACUGCCCAAAACCAUCAUGGACGUUCUUGAACCGCAAUUCAACGCACCUAAAUCCAGUUCUAGUGUCGUGCAAGCAACUCUGACUUUGGCUCCCCAGAAAUCAGCCCGCGGAUCACCCAAACGAGCUUUAGUGAAACAAAAUGUAGUUGAACUACCAAAAGCACAUAACAAACAACUCGAGCUUACUGGAAGAAAUAGGUACAUUGUGCAAAACAAUCAAAUUAGCGAGAUUCAACUCCCACCGAACAAUGCAUUCGCCUCAUGCCCGAUACAACAAGGACAGCAAAUGUCUCGAUACUCCGCAUCAACUCUGCUUGAUAUGAAUUCGGCAAAAAGUGCUUCAAACGUUUCGCGUCUAGGAAAAGAGCAAUCAGAGCCAGGACUAGAAGUGUUUCGACAAAAACAUGAGAUCACUAGCGGAGUGAGUACUCUACCCGCUAGGCACAGCAAAUCUCUAGAUCAGUUGAGGGUAUCGCAGAUGACACCGCUCAACACUGCUCAAACAUUGACAAAGACUGUGCGAAAUGGUUCUAAUGCUUCUGUCAACUACCCAAAACCAUAUCUACCGCCGCAACAAGUAAAGCCAACAACAUUGCCUAGAAGCGUUACUACUAGUGCUUAUCCAACGAAUACAACGACUAGAUGCAGUUCCAAAGGAGAUGACUAUAGAAGAAAUAUAAGUGAAUUUAGAGAAAAAUACAAAAAUCCUUGUAUUAAAAACGUUGGGCAUGGAGUGAACAAUGAAGUGUUCCAUAAUGUAGGAUACAAUUACGACGGUGGAAUGAAAUCUAAUCCUAACCAAGUGUACGGCUAUACUUUCGGUAAUCAGGGUAAUCUGCAAGUAAACAAUGUUAUUCGUAAUCCGUUAGAAUUUCAAAGAGGCUACAGUGUAAAUUUACCCCGUCCUAUGUUGCCUCCACGUAAUUCUUACCCACCGGUUAGUGGUAAAAAUCAAGUGACUGAUCAAAAUAACUUAGUUUCUAAUAAGCACGUACAUAGAUCUAAUUCUACGCAUGUGUUUCAUCAAAAAAAUGUGGAAAAUCAACAAAUUGACAUUGAAGCUGCACGUAAUCAACUCAGGCAUGAGCUGAAUUAUUAUCUGCAAAAGGGUGACUGGAGUUACGAUUUCAAUACAGGAAGUUUAAUCCAAAACUAUCAAAAGAAAUCGAGUAAAAGUAGUGACGACAGUGGAUUUGUUAUGACUUUAGAUAGAAGCAGCGAUGGAACAUCAAAAUCAACGUAUUCAAAGACUCCUCCGUCUACCCCUCAUUCAACAAUGCCAUCUGUGAGGCAUAAGAAAAGCAGAUCCAAAGAAUCUAAACUAAAUCAAAGUGGGAAAGAAAAUACUAAAAUGAACUCGAGUAGAGAUUCAUUGAGCAGUCAUCAUUCCAUUAAAUCACGAGAUAGUAAAUCAGACCGGCAUACAUCAAAGUCUGAACGUAGUACUCCAAAAUCGGACCGCGCAACACCACGUUCUGGCAAGUCUACGCCCAAGUCCGGUGGAUUUACUCCAAAGUCAGGUCUGGCUACACCUAAAUCUGGUCGAGCGACUCCGAAAUCCGGUGCGACAACGCCAAAAAGUGGUAGGUCGAGUGGCAAACCAGAGAAACGUACGAAACACAAACCAUCAGAGAAGAUGACUCAACUGAUGUCAGAAGCUGCAUCAUCAUCAAGCAACGAAAGUAUACCUUUUGAGUUGAGAAGAUUAGAGUCUUCUACGAGUGUUCCGUACAGUCUUGACCAUGGUCCAGAAUUGUUACGACACUGCAGAAGUGCUGCAUCAGUCUUAGACGAACCUAACAUGAACAAUACAUUUGGAUCUGAAUCUUUGCCUAAUUUAGCUCCACCACCAGCUUUUGAGUCACCGCCUCUUGAUAUAGCGGACAAAGACUUCAAAAUACUACCUCCUAAAAACUUCUUGAAUAAAGAAGAAAAACGACGUAGAAGCACAUCGACGUCUAGUCUGAGUGAACAAAGUGGCUGGGUAUCUAGUGGACGCAGUUCGGGGCCCUCUUCUCCAGAUAAUGCAAGUUGUCAAUUAAACCAGAAUUUCGCCGCUGGAAAACCAGCUGCACCUAAACCUACUGGUACAACAAAUAAAAACUACGAAGGACCAACCGAUCCUCGUAAAACCGAUGGUGAACCUAUCAGUGACUUUAAACGAACAGUUCUUAAUGGAGAGCAGUUACGAGAACGACUCUUAAAGUUAGCUGUCAAGGUAGCCCAGAAUACUUCCAAUGAGAAGAUAGAAUGCUGUGAUAAGGAAGUGUGUGAAGAAUGCACCAUAUGUAGUGACUCCAUAUGCACCGAUAGCCAAUGCGAAUAUAAUAAACUAAUGCACAGUAAUGGUAUAGACGCGGGAUGCAACUCAGAUACUUGUACGGCAAGCUGCUUCCAACAAAUGGCUGAAGUUACUGCAGUGAAAGGAAAUCAAAGGCAUAAUUCUUUCAGUGCUGUCCAAGGAAAGACGUAUAGUUCAUCUUCUAAAAGUCUAAAUGAAGGCACGGUGAAAAAGUCACAAACAAUUAGUGACAAUCUACAUCCUUACAUAAGGAAAGAAAUGCCCCAAAAGCCACAACCGACACCUGCGAAGUCUCAAUCACUAGACAAAAGUAAAUUAAAAGACAGAAUACAGUAUACUGAAAAGUUAAUCGCGGCUGAGAUACGAAGUCUGACGGUGGAUCGAUCCUGUGUCAAACCUUCAAGCCAUAAGAAAGGUUCAUCGCAAAAAUACUCUAACAAAGCUAAAUCUGAAAUUGAUUUAGCCCACUUUGUUGGCGACAAUGACUAUGAGCAUUUACCUCCACCACAACAAUUUAGAGACGCUCCACCCCCACCAGAUGAAUUUAAGGAUCCUCCAACUAAAUCACCGAAGUUGAGUAGACAGAGCAGCAAAUCGUCUACUCCUUCGAAGACGCCUCGGAAGCAGCAACAACAGACGUCUUCCCUUCAGUUAGAUAACCCAUUAUACCAUGUGUGCGAAGGUAUAAUGGAGAGGCGCAAGUUGAGGCCGCAUCAGUCGGUCAAUUCGGGCAGUGCGCCCUCUGGUGGUACGCUUAAUAAAAGUCAGAGCACUGGGGAGCUGGCCAGCAGAAACGAUACUGAACAAAGAGAAAGCAAUCUCAUCAGUAUAUUCGGCUUGGCGGAAUCUGAAAGGUUAUUCGUGAAAUGCAGAGAAGAGUUCAGGCAAAGUGUCAAAUAUCCGGGAGCCAUUUACUCUGACUUCCCGCCUGUUGAGAAUUCGCUGCCCUACUUCCAUAUCAGUGACGAAUAUAGGAUGUUUAAUCCUGAAGGGCUCCACCUUAUCAUCUGCGUUCACGGCCUAGACGGCAACGCGGCCGAUCUCCGCCUGGUGAAGACUUACCUGGAACUGGGUCUGCCUGGGGCAAGGCUAGACUUCCUCAUGUCCGAGAGGAACCAGGGCGACACUUUCUCUGACUUCGACACCAUGACGGAUAGGCUCGUGCAAGAGAUUCUUACCCACAUUCAGAAUUCGAGUGACCCAGCUCGGAUAAGCUUCGUGGGCCACUCUCUGGGCACCAUCAUCAUCCGCUCAGCCCUCGCGAGGCCACAGAUGAAGCCCUACUUAGGGAAACUUCAUACCUUCCUCUCGUUAAGUGGACCUCAUCUUGGGACGCUGUAUAACUCUAGCGGAUUAGUUAAUGCUGGCAUGUGGUUCAUGCAGAAAUGGAAGAAGUCGGGUUCGUUACUGCAGCUGUCUCUCCGCGACGCGUCGGACCCUCGGCGUUCGUUCCUGUACCGUCUGAGCGAGAGGAGCCAACUGCACCAGUUCAAACAUAUCCUCCUAUGUGGGUCCGGGCAGGACCGAUAUGUUCCUCUGCAUUCAGCGAGGUUGGAGCUCUGUAAAGCUGCUGCUAAGGAUACCUCCCUGUUGGGACAAGCUUACAGAGAAAUGGUGCACAACAUGGUAUCACCGCUAGCGGCUCGUGCAUCCUCAGUGUCGGUAGUGCGGUACGACGUGCAGCACGCGUUACCGCACACCGCCAGCGCGCUAGUGGGCCGCGCCGCGCACAUCGCCGCGCUCGACUCCGAUCUAUUCAUCGAGAAGUUUCUACUGGUUUCCGCGCUCAAAUACUUCCGAUAAAACUGAUUUGAAAUUACUUAAGUUAGGUUCAUACAAUUUGGUACAGCUCCCUUCAGAUAAGUCAGUGUCCCUCUAUACCUACCAGCUCUCGUCACAGCGCUGAACUCCGAUCAAGUCAACGAAAAGUUUCUACUCUUUUACGCGCUCAAAUACUUCACAUAAAGCAUUUGUCUUAGAGUUUUGAAAGUGUGAAGGGGGAUUCAGAUUACAAGAAAGAAAUGACUCGCAUAUAUUAAGUCUCGAACGCUAAAUGUAACAAAAGGACCGCGUAUACACUCCUAAAGAUGAGCUUAUUGCACGUACACAACGCUAGUCAGAAACCGCUCUAGCAGUCCGCUGGAACUGGAAGGAGUGUUUCUUAUGCUGUUCAAAAGCUGCUUAUCAAUCACUCCCCAUUAAUUCAAGGAAAACAAAUGCUGCUACAGCCAAUAAUGAACAAAGCAACCUUGGACUAGUAUGACGCAUACUAGCCCAGGGCCACAGCCGUUCCUAUUCCCUAUCCUGAGUUUUAAGUGCUGCACGUGUUCACUUACGUAAUAUCCCAUUAAUUCCAAGGUCAAAUUAAAAAAAAAUACAGUAAGCUAACAGAUCGAAAUUCAAAAUAUCCAUUUAACCUCGAAAAGGAACCAGUUACGAGUAGAAUUCUUGGAACUAAAAAAAUAUAUUGUAGCGGAGGACACAAACAUAAAUAGAAGGUCACACGCUACUCUAAUUAAUAUUGUUAUACUAAUAACAAGAAACGAUUAUGAGAACAACAGAUAGAUAGAGGGAAUCUGUAAUUUGAACUUUUUCAUGACCAAAAUUGUUUUGAACAUUUCGAUCUGAAAGCUUACACAGAAACUUCUUUACUAGAACACGAGCUUUCAAUAAAGCACGAGGAGUAUUCUAAUAACUAUGAUUCUACAAAGUAUUCCACACGGCAUCCACAUAUGUCCCCCAACAAGCUUGUUUAUUACGAAACCAUAGUUACCUUCCUCUACUUUAUAUACAGAGAUCGGAUACCAAAACACUCUGGGACAAUUGAGGAUUUUUUUGAGCGGCUAGUAGAAUUGGAGUCUUGAUUAUAUCAAUGAAAAUGGAAUGAAAAUCUCCCCUCUUUUUAAAAUCCUUCUCUAACAGUCUUCCCAAUAUGUGUUAUGUCAUGUUAUGUGUUCCAUCUAUGUGUUAAUUUGCUUAUUAGAGACAGAAGUUUGACAGUAUUUGUAUGCUAACGUCGAAAUUAUAUCUUUAGUAAGCAAAAUAAAGGAUAGAUUGUAUGUUGAAAAUGGCUGUUAGUCUCUAAACCCGAAUGACUCGUAUUUUCCACCGUCAAUUGACUUGUACAAAUGCACACAGCUUCUCAAGAUCUUAAGAUUAAGACAUUUUGUAUAAAAAUGAGACUAUUUCAUCGAUUAAAUUUAAAUAUUAUGUCUCAAUAAGAGUAAAUGGAGAUUGAACAUUAGAUAAGUAAACUUGUAAAGUUAUUUUACUGCACCUCUUUUCUGCUGUCUUAUAAUUGUGACCAUACCUACCUAAUCAAUGAGUGAAUUCAAUUUAAUUAUAUCUUUAUUAUCUGUACCUAUAAGUCCAUAUUCAGUUGUCACGUCGCAUUUUAUUGUAUCGCAUUUGUUUGGCAUUUACCUAAAUCUAUCUAGAAACAUGUAUGUAUUACUGUCAAAUAAAUAUCCAGGCAACCAACUUUUCUUCAAAUUAAAAAAGUCUGUUGAAUAACGUUACCUAAUUUUAUUUAUACAGUAACCAUACAAAGUGUCCAUACAUUUCCUUGCAAAUGACGUAUGUAAUUCAAUACAUCUCUCGACUUCAAAUGUUUUCAGUAACAUUUCCCGGAUUUUCUGAAACUUUUAUCUAUCCAAUAUGUACCUACUUUCGCAGAGUUGCUUCACACUUUGAUGAAGUUUUACUAAAAAAAUGUAAACUGAUCUUCUGCUGCUUAACUACUAUAUCAAAUAUGUCAUGAUGCAACUCUGUACCCUAAUUAUCGUAUGUUUUCUAGAACCAUGAGUAUCAGUAGGCACUACAGGAUUAUCGAAAUUAUGAAUAGACUUGGUGACAGCGUGAUAAUUCGAUUAGAAUCCUAAAAGUAGAGUGAUUUAUGAACUAUGUUGAGGGUAACUGCAAUCAACAAUUUUAAUAACUUAAGUAGGUUUUAAGAUGGAUCUUUACACCAAUUAAUUAAGACUAUAAUUUUAGCGACUGUAGAUAAUUUAGGUAGAUGUUAUUUGUAUUAUUGUUGUCUAUGAACGGUAUCAUUCUCUAGCAACAAUUGUCUGCUGUGAACGUAACACGCACUCAUUUUAAGAUUUUUUGUCUGAGCCUAUGAAAUGUAACUACAGGUUUUACAAAAAAUAAUAUAAUUCAGAAAAUUUUGUCAAAAUACAGUCGUCGACUAUCAUAACAACCACUGUUGGCGUUUUGUUAUCUAUCAUCCUUGUUUAAUCAAGGAAUUAUGAAAAACACAUGACUCACGACGGCUAUCGUACAUCCACAGCAGCCAAAUGUCAAGUUUAAAUAACUCUUUUGUUUUUCCUCCACUUCUUGAAGACCCGUUAAGGUACGAAAAAUCUAAGCACUUUACUAUAAAUCUAUUGUAAAUAUGGGUCUGAUCGUGUGUAUGUUUCAUAUUGAACCUUAUUUACUUCUAAUUACAAUAUACGUGAAAUCAAUUAGGUAAUGCUGCACAAAAGUCAUAAGGAUUUAAUUGUAAUUAAGAUAAUAUCAGAGUUUUAUCGGUCAUCACUACCGAGUUUAUGUUUCGUCGUGCCGGCCAACAGCCAGCCCGUAGCCUUAAACUUAACAUAAAAAAAAAGAUAUAAACUAAUCGUUAGAUGAAAGUUGUAAAUUUUUAACGAAUGUUAGACUGAUAUUUAAAAAAAUAUACGGACUCAGACAUUUUAUAUUAUGUAAUUAAGUUUGUAGAAUUUACUUUAUUUAGUAGUGAACAUUAUUUGAUAAAGAAAACAUAACUAAUCUCGCUCUGUCCACUUCUCUGAAUUAAUCUGUAGGUAACGUUUUAUACAGGGCUUCGAUAAAUUGAUUUAUAAAAUAAUUAAAUAUAUUGUACUACUGACAUAGUAAUACCUCAUUAUUGCUCUCGAGCACGCUUGGAGUAACACAAAGUAUCAGUUUCUAUGGAAUUGAUGUCACUAGGUGGUGUCCAGUUAGGACAAUGGCAAUUAAAAUCAGAGAAUAAUGAUCAUUUCUGAAUCUAAUGCUCUAUUAAAAUUUGUCUAAAAUGGUCCCAACACUUUGAAAUGUAAUAUAGAAUGAUAUCGUUUCAAAUGCGCACCCGACUAUGUAGUUCGUGACAACGCUGACUUUAAAUAUCUAUUAGGUAUCCCUCACGAUUGUCUAUUACUUAUUCUAACAGCGCUUUUACAAUAGCGGAUUUUCCGCUCGGAAAAACCUAAUCGCUCGGUUCGAUAACAAACAAUUGACAACUUCUAUAGUGACAGAUGACAUUUUACUCUUCGAAUAUGUUGAGUAUGCGCUCGGUUUUUCUACGCGCGAGAAAUCCUCUAGUGUGACAGCGCUAUGUAGACAUUUUCGGUACCUACUUUCCGACAGUUUUCACGAAUGCUAUCAACCCAUAUCUUUGUAAACGAGUUCCAUUGAAACUGCGGCCUUUGUUAUUUAUGAGCCCUUCAUUUAAACGCAAAGAUUAUAAAAUACUUAUCUAGGAGUGUAUUUAAAGAUGGGAGGAAUUUUGUAAAUAUUAUAGAAAUGAAUUUUAUUUGUAAAUCGUAUGUUUAAUGGCAAUGUGUCGAUGUUAUACACUUAUGAUAAUAAACAAAUAAUGCCUGAAAA